CCUCCAUUUCAAGAGAAGAAUAUCCCCAAACAACAUACAUUCAACAUUCUACAUUUCAUCCUCGAACCUUUUUUGGGAUGUAUUUUGUUUAUGUCUUGAAGUGUCGAAAUAACAAAUAUUAUGUUGGUAGAACUAUGAAUAUCGAUGUUAGAUAUCAAAUGGACGUGGCUCAAUCUGGACACGUAGAUAUCGUCCAAUCAGAAUCAAAGAGUUAG